GAAAAUUGUCAUAUUCUGGAAAAUCUUUCUGCGAAAUAAGUAACAAGCAAUGAGCAUAAAAAUUAUUUUGUUUUUAAUCGCCAUCGAGGUAUGCAACCAGACAAUCGGCAUAGGUCUUCGCUCCUUAAUCCUGGAGGCUCACAAUCGAAGGAGGGCCAAGUACGGUAAUCAGCCCAUGGUUCUGGACGAAGAACUCUGUACAGAGUGCUCAGAAUACGCAGAUUCUUCAUCGUCCUCUAGGAAAUAGUCAGGAAUGAAGGUGUAUAUACAGAGAACUACUUGGAAUACCUGUAUGCAACGGACCCAAUAUCAGCAAAGCACCUUCAAGUCGUCUGCGUUUUCCGGGAGGCCUUGCCUAGGGAAUGUGUUCGAAUUUGGUUUCAUUACCGAGGCUUCGCCGAGAACACAAAGUAUUACAGGUUUACGGCCAUGAUAUGGAACGCCUCCACCAGACUUGGCGUUGGACUAGGCAGAAUACAGGAAACGCGAUACCUAGUGGUGAGAUAUGCUCCUCCUGGAAACAUUUUGCGAGAGAUGGCGUCCAAUGUUCCCAAGCGACCGACAACGUUUUGGGAUGCAGAACACAUUGUUGACCAUGGGUUUGAGUUCGCAUAACAUUUGCUCGCAAUGGCGUCAACAAUAUAUUUGGUAACUGGCUGUCUUUCGUAACGACCUUAUUAAAUUUAUAUCUGUGCGGAACUUCCAGAAUUUUGUAGAUUUUCCAGCGGUAUUCGAACUAAAUCGUAUAUAUC